AUGUCAUCGUCGGGAGAGCAGCGUGUAGCGUUCCGGUCUACGGCUGUGGUUACGGGCUUUGAGGGAAAGAUUGAAUGUGUGACGCACUAUUCAUCACGUGUCGUUGUAGGCUCUAAGGAUGGUCGCCUUGUUAUGUAUGACACACGUAAAGGGACAUCCACAUCUACAGCUACGUAUACGUUUCCACAUGGUCAACGAGUAGAGCAGCUGCUGGCAGUACCUCAUAUCCGUAUGCUGAUUGUAGUUUCUAAUGGAGAAGUAUCAGCUCAUGGUGCUACGGAUCUCAAGCCACUAGAUUUUGAUUUCUCUAAAGUUAAUACGUACAAAGUGCGACUUGUGUGCGUGAAUCAACGUGGUCCUCCGCAUUUUCGUCUUGGUGUGGCAAGUCUGAAGAAAAAAGCUAUCGCAAUUUAUCAGUUUCAUAGUAGUGACAAAAGCUAUGCAUUUUUACGAGAAUUUAGUACGCAAGACGUUCCAGAAGCUAUGAGCUGGUACAGGAACAAAGUUGUCGUAGGUUAUAGAAAGAAAUACUUUCUACUUAACGACAAAUCAGGUGAUGCUACGCAGAUUAACUCUCCUGGCAUUCAAGAUCCCACAGUAUUUCCAGUGGUUAAGUUGUUACCGAAAGAAGAGAUUCUUGUCGCUGUGAUGGAUCGUGUUGGCGUUUUUGUUGGCUUUACAGGGGAUACACUUCCUAAGAACUCGGUUACAUGGUCUCAAAGUCCACAGCACGUGGAAUAUUCGUCACCAUAUUUGUUGGCGUUAAUACCAAGAGUGGGCGUUGAAAUACAUCGUGCCAGUGAUGGUGCCCUUGUUCAGACAUUGCCACUUACUCGAGCUGUGUGUAUGUUUGGCAACGGUAUGAAGUGGGAUAUGGAGCCUCGACAGAGUGGUGAUAGUGAGGAUGUCGUUAUAGUUGGUGUCAGAGAGUCAAGUGGAGUGUCUAGUGUCAUGAAGAUUGAACCAAUGCCGUUAGAGCAACAGGUUGGCGAACUUUUGGAUCGUGGGCAGAUUGAUGAAGCUCAGUUGCUUGUGCGAAAGUCCAUUGCAUCAUUAUCUAGUGACAAACAACGCAGCAAGAUUAAACGCUUUCAACGUCAAGCAACUGUGGCGCUGCUGCGGCGACUCGAGUUUGACCAAGCUGCCGAUUACAUGUAUCGUGCUGCAAUUGAACCGUGCGAGUUUAUUGCGUUUUUUCCCGAUCUCCAGUGCUCUUCAUUCGCAUACGAACCUUCAGUGCUGAAGCCCGAAGUGCUUCCACGUGGAAGCAGCUCCACUCCAGACAUCACUUCAGUUGUUCAAGAGUUACUGUCGUCUCCGCGCGCUCCGUUGAGUACCGACAUUGCCAAGAGUAACGCUGCUGACCUUGUCAAUGCUGCACAAAAGUCACUUCUCAAGUUCUUGAAUCAGUACAAAAAACACAUGCGAGACAAAGCACGUGCCCAUGUGCGCGCCGUAACUUCAGCUCGCGGUCGUUCCACCUCCAAUCCAAAGGAUGCACGUCGUAUUGAAGCGAUUGAUACAGCGCUCUUUCGUCUUUACAUUCAGUACAAACGGUAUAAGGAGCUGCUAGCCUUAAUUCAGGAGACAAACCCAGACGUCGAAGGCCCACCAGGAUCUCUUGGAGGGUGCGCACUCGAGUUAGAAUCGUGCCGAUCACUCCUUAUUAAACAGAAGCUGUACUACGAAGCAGGUCAGUUGCUUUGUGCUCACCAGAGCUACGAUGAAGCCCUAGAAGUUUUUGCACUUCUUCACCACGGCGAGUACAAACAACGUGGGGGUUCAAGCGGCAUGCCAAAAUCACCAAUCGAAGCUGCGAUCGACGUACUUUUAACUGUACCCGAGUCAGAAAGUGCCUUCAUCUUUAAGCAAUCAAUUUGGAUUAUCAAGGCAACGUCUGCGAAACAGGCCUUGCGUAUCUUUACCGAACGUCGGCCGCCAUUGCCAUCGAAUGAUGUCGUUGCGCAUUUACGGGAACAUUCAAACGACCCAGCGAUUGUGCAACGGUAUCUAGAGUCUCUCGUCAAAGCAAAUGGUGAAGCGGGAGCGGUGCAAACAAGUGCAGCAGCAAUCUCGACAAACAAUGCUGGAAUCGUCAGUGAAGGCAGUAGCAGAGGCUUCAAUGCUUUUACUGAUCCUGCUGCAGCAGAGCUGGGCGUGAACGAUAGCUACAGUAACUUUCUGGCUGGUGACAAUGAUGACGACGAUGAAACAGUGCGUGGGCCGGACGGCUCGGCGGCGUCAAUUGUGGUGGACCCUCACCACACUCGCCUGGCACUGGAAUAUCUUGACGAGACACUGAGACUUGUCGCGAAGGGUGAUGUGCCGUCAAAGUCUCAACCUGGUAAAGAGCCUGGACAGCUCGGGGAGGCACGCAAGCGCCUCUUGAAAUUCUUGAAAUCGGGCUCUUCGCGCUACGACGUAGUGCCACUUGUCGAAAAGGUUAAGGGCAAGCCAUUGUACAACGAGUUUGUGAUACUCUGUGGCCGUGGUGCACUCCAUGAAGAAGCAGUGACUUCACUAGUGUAUGAAUUAAAUGAUUUGCGGGGAGCUGAAAGCUACUCCGUUAAGUAUGGAGCACGUGCCUCUGUUCAAGCAUUAUCAGGAUCAUCAAAAAAGGCUGGAGCUGUGGAACGUAACGACGCUUUGCUGGAAUUGCUCAAAAUCUGUUUCUCUCCUCGUGAGGAGUCAAAAAGGUCAGCAUUUAACGAUUUUGGAUUUCAGCUCCUAACACGUCACGGCAAAAGCCUCGAUAGCUCUAUGGUACUAGAUUUGGUGCCAGCAAAUACACCACUAUCUAAAUUGGGUGAAUAUUUUGCCCAGGCCUUGCCACACAGUGCUCACAACGUUCGCGAGAUGAGUAUCACCAAGUCAUUAUCGAACGUCUAUAAUCUCCAAGUUCAGUGCGAUCGCGUUGAGCUUUUGACUCAAAGUGUGCAGGUUGACCCCAACACGCUGUGCCCCGUUUGCCACAAGCGCAUUGGCGAUAUUGUCUUUGCUGUCUACCCAAAUGGCAAAGUCGUGCAUUAUAACUGCACUAACAGCAAUCUUCAGCUUUGUCCUGUAACUGGCGAACGCUUUUCAUGA